ACCGGUCGCUGUAACAGCAGCGGCAGCGCCCUCCACCGCUCGAGCUCAAACAGACACCGGAAGCAGUUUCACGUAACCAGAAAAUCAAAGAUGGCGGCGUUGGUCGCGCCUCGUCUCGCCAUGUUUGGCUCCUUCUCAACAAGACCUAUUUCAGUUUUUGCUCUUCAACAGAAGAGUCUGCACAGCAGCGUCAAAAGUGAGAACACCAGCACGAGUGUUGUUCCAGUCAGAGAGAAGAGCACGGCAGUGGCCGCAGCCAAACCAGCAGCUCUAGCCAGCAGCAAGGGAGAGUAUGUUAUCACCAAGCUGGAUGAUCUGGUUAACUGGGCGCGCAGGAGCUCUCUGUGGCCUAUGACCUUUGGGCUGGCGUGUUGCGCAGUGGAGAUGAUGCACAUGGCGGCGCCCCGUUACGACAUGGACCGUUUCGGAGUUGUGUUCAGAGCGAGUCCCCGACAGGCCGAUGUCAUGAUUGUGGCAGGCACACUCACCAAUAAGAUGGCUCCGGCUCUGCGGAAGGUGUACGACCAGAUGCCUGAGCCCAGAUAUGUCAUUUCCAUGGGAAGCUGUGCUAACGGAGGAGGCUACUACCACUACUCCUACUCUGUCGUCAGAGGCUGCGACCGAAUCGUACCAGUGGACAUUUAUGUUCCAGGUUGUCCCCCGACUGCAGAGGCUCUCCUGUACGGGACUCUACAGCUGCAGAAGAAAAUCAAGCGAGAGAAGAAGAUGACGAUCUGGUAUAGGAAGUGAACGUGUACAGUGUAUUGCGUGUAUCUGGUAUGUAAAUGUUGUGUUUCUGGUUUCAUUUGGAGCGCUGCCGCUCCUCCUCUGUGUAGAGCUGCAAGAACUCACUUCAACAAAAAACAUUGUUGUACUUUAGAGAUCGUUCAAUUAAUUUUAUUUUCAAUAAACUGAGGCUUACAUGAAAAGGCA